AAUAAGAUCCAUAGCAAAGAAAGAUACCGAUUGACUCCCCUCCUUGUCUCUAAGAGUUGGAAGUCAUUUCUGGGAAACUAAAGAACAGACUCUAUUGACACUUCCAGAGGCCAUUCAGUUUUCACUGUCUUUUGAUGCAUCAGUGGUCUUGCCCAUUUCGGAUACAGGGCGCAUGGAGGCUGUUCAUGAAGGAGGAUCUCGUGACGUUUACAGCCACUCCUUCAAUAGGAACUCGGGCAUGAGGUGCACCGUGAGCGAGAUUGAAGAGGAGAGCUCGAGCAACCUGUUUGAGAUUGGACAAUCAGGAUCUGCUGCUGCUCCGGGAAAGGAAGAUGCUUUUGAGAGCAGCUUGUUCUCAUAUGACAUUCACCGAGGUGCAGAGUCGGAGGAGGAGGACUGUGUCUACGUGGCAGUGGGGAAGGACGAUUCGAGCAUGGCCGCGUUGAUGUGGACUUUGAGGAGCAUUCAGGCCUCCGCCACGGCUAUGAACACCAUCGUCUAUCUGGUCCAUGUAUUCCCUGAAAUUCACUUCAUUCCAAGUCCAUUGGGAAACCUCCCAAUAAGCAGCGUCAGUGCCGAGCAGGUGGAAACUUACAAAUCGCAGGAAACAGUCAAGAGGGGGGAAAUGCUCCAAAAGUUUGUGAAUACUUGCAAUGCUUACAAUGUCAAGGUGGACACCAUAUUAAUCGAGAGUGACAUGGUGGAAAAGGCUAUCCUCGAUCUCAUUCCUGUUCUCAACAUGAGACAGAUAGUGCUGGGAACGCCCAGGUCCAGUCUCAGGAGGCUGAGGUCUAAGAGAGGAAACGGGAUUGCCGAGAUACUGCAGAAGGUACCCGAGACCUGCGAGGUCAAGAUCAUAUGCGAUGGGAAGGAGGUGGUACUGGAUCACACGAUCAUCGAUUCUCCUGUAAGAACUCCUCGUGGCGGUGAAGAGGGAUCUGAUGGUACUAAGCAAGGGCAAGAAGAAAACCAAUGCAAGGACUACUUUUCCUGCAUCUGUUUCAAACCCAAGACUGCGUAAAUUAUGUCCUGUCAUAGUGAUCAUGUAAACAGAUUCAUUCUGCAUUACGAGAGAUAACAACGAGAUGCGUAUAUAUAUAUAUAUUACAGAUAUGACAUGUAUCAUUGAUCAAUUUUUCUCCAAGGAAACACAAAACAGUUUGGGUGUAUUCGAUUUGUAAUUGUAUUGCUUUUUAUUUGUA